AUUAUGACUAUUACAUGAGCCCGAAGUAGGCCCGACUCCAUUGUUUACAAGCAUCCUGUGGGCUCGCAUCGGAGGUCUGCGGAAUUUCCUCUUAUAUAGGUCUGCCCUAAAACCCCAAGGACCAUGGGACGCCGCAAGUCAAAGAGGAAGCCUCCCCCCAAAAGGAAGAAUAUUGAACCUUUAGACACACAAUUCAAUUGCCCAUUUUGUAACCACGAGAAAUCUUGUGAGGUUAAAAUGGACAAACCACGAAAUGCUGGAAGGGUGUCUUGCCGUGUUUGUCUGGAGGACUUCCAGUGUACUAUUAAUUAUCUCUCUGAAGCUGUUGAUGUCUACAAUGAAUGGAUUGAUGCUUGUGAAUCUGCCAACUGAUGAACCUACUCUGAAAAAUUUGGGAAACAUUCACCCUUUACAUUUGAUGUUCCUCAAGCAGAAAUAGCUUAAAAUAUGUCAUUUACCACAUGCAUGUAUUCUUUGAUUCGCAAGCUGAUAAAGCUAUAGAGUAUCUGACAUCUAUCAGAAGUGGUUGGCAGAAGUGCCAAUUCAAUGUAGAAUCACCCUCAUUGUUAACCAUUCUUGGCAAUCUUAAUGUUUGCAAAAUUAAACUCACUUCACAUCAUAUGUCAUUAUCAUACAAAUGUUUGCCAGUGAUGGAUUUAGGUCUUUUGCUUUAAUUUUGGUAUCUUGGCUUUCCCCUUUCAAUAAAUAGAAACAAUUCUCUCAAAUUAGAAAGCAAUUCUUAUAUUUAUUUUUCUGAUUUUGGAACAGCCAUAUUGAGUAAAUUAUAUAUUAUGUAGAACCUAUGUUACAUAGCUUGCCACAGCAAUAAUAAAGACCAUGUGUCUUAAUAUGCAAGGAAUUUGGUUAGAAGGAUUACACCUGAGCUUUGCUGGAGAGUAAAAUUAAAGAAAUGCAAGUUGAACGUGAUAGACCAUAAACAAGACUUAAAACUUGGGCAUUCUUUUCUUUGUUAGGCCAGUAAAAACUUUAGGGGAAAUAAUACUCAACCAAAUGAUUGCUCUUUCAGUCUUCAGUAAUUAACUAGAAAGAAAUAAUGUGGUUCCUGCAGUAGUCUUCCUAAUUCAUCAUUGGCUACAUGAAAAGGACAGUUUUUAAUUCAUUCUUUAUGUCACCCAUUUAUAAGAUUCAUUUUUUGGUGAGGGAUUUCUUUGUUUCUGUUUGCUGUAUUGUACAGGCACCUUCUUCAUGAGUAUUGGUGAGCCGACUAUUUAUUACUACCUGUAUCAUUUAUCAAAUGUAAAUUAGUUAUUGAAAAUGAACCAAAGUCAGGGUUGGGAAGUACUGCCAUUCUAGACUUUAAGAUUAUUUUUUUUGUCUGAAUUUAGAUAUCCAAAUUAUUGAGUAAUGUAACUGCUAAGACAAAAGUAAUGGCUAUCUUGAGUACCAAAAGAUAAAAAAAUACUACUAGAUCGUACCACUGGUGUAUUUUAGCUGCAUUCAUGGUUUUGCCAUUGUUUGGGGGGACCAGUACCUCUAAAGAUUUUUGCAGGUAGCCUUGGAGCCAUAUUCUUUGUAGCUACAGCAAUCUUGAAUUCUCAGUAUGCAAAUUGCUAGGUGGAGAAUGAUAUCAGUCUAAUAAUAAUGGUGAUACUUCCUGCCACUAAUAAACAGUCAUUAUAUUUAGUUAUUUGGUCUCUGAUAUACCCACAGUCAUUAUUACCACAAAGAAAAUUAACUGUCAAGAUAGAACUUCAGAUAAUUUUGGUUGCGUUUUCUUUCUUGUACCAUUCUGUUCACAUUCCUGUAUUUCCAGUAAAUAGUGUUAAUCAGUAGUUUUAAGAUAAAUCUGUAUUGGUGGACUUGGGACAGAUGUACUAUGAAUAACCAUUUUACACAAGUGUGUGUAGCUAAUGGCUUCAAGACUGAUGUGGAAUUUGCCUGUGAAAUGUCUUCAGUGUCAAGGAAAUUCUUUUUCUUAAUCUAGUAAACAAAGAUGUUCA